AUGGCCGCGUCCUUUGGUCCUGCGGUCCCCCUCCCCUUCACUUGUCUCGCCGCCAUUGUCGUCCAGGUCUCGAAGGAUCUGGGGAAUGAUGUGGAUUUCGCCUGGAUCGUCGGCGCCUGGUCGCUAGCCAGCGCCUGCUCUUUCUCCAUUGCUGGCCCCCUCAGUGAUGUCUUUGGGCGCAAGAUCCUUGUCCUUGCCGGCCAGAUUACUGUGCUUAUUGGCUCAAUUGUGGGUGCUACAGCUCAGAGCGUUGCCAGCCUGGUUGCAGCUGAGACCGUCAUCGGUGCUGGAGCUGGUUUUGUCUUUGUGUCUUAUUCUGGGGCUACAGAAAUGCUUCCUAACAAAUGGCGAUCUGUUGGUGUUGGCAUCCUCGAGGGCGGCAUCAUGAUUCCUUGGGGCUCAUUCAACGUUCUAUUUGCCAACAUCCUCCUCAAAUAUACCACUUGGCGUUGGAUUUUCUACAUCUCCAUCAUCGUCGAGAGCAUCACGUUCGUCGGGACAGCCUUCUACUACAAUCCAGUAUCCCGCCCCCGCGGCGACUACGACAAGACCCGAUGGCAGCAGACUCUCGAGGUUGACUGGCUCGGUCUCGCACUCUUUACUAGUGGCCUAGCAACCUGUCUCGUUGGCCUUACCUGGGCCGGAUCUGCGGGCCACCCUUGGCAUGGAGCAUCGGUUCUCGCGCCCAUGCUCCUCGGCAUAGCAGUUCUUGCCUGUGGUUUUGCUUAUGACUUCACCAUUGCAAAGAACCCCAUCUUCCCGCUAAGGCUCUUUAAGUUGUGGCGCGGAUUUCUGUGCAUCUGCAUUGUCCUGUUCAUCUCUGGCAUGAACUUCAACUCGCUCUCCGCCGUCCUUCCUCAAGGUUCUAUGUACAUGUUCACAACUAACGGCAUUGAAAUCGGCGUCCUCGCCCUUCCCAACAACAUCGAAGGCAUCGUCGUCAGCGUCAUCAUCCCAAUCUUUGCCCACAGGAUUGGACACAUUAAGUGGCUCUUCGUCAUCGGUAUGGCCUUACAGCUUAUCUUCAUCGGAGCAAGCGCAGCCACCGUUAACCCCAACCACAAGAUCGCCUGGGCGUUUGUCCCGAGUUUUGGAGUUCCCAUGUUCCUCAUGGUUACCAUUUUGGGCUAUGCCAUUGCUAGUCUGCACGUACCGUACUCGCAUCUCGGUGUUGCCAUGGGUCUUCUAGGCACGUUCCGCUCAGCUGGUGGCGCCGUUGGCAAUGCCAUAUUCAACACCAUCUUCCAGAACAAGUUCAAAACUUAUUCUGGUGAAGAAAUCCCUCGAGCUGCCUUAGCUGCAGGCCUGAAGGUGACUGAUCUCGGCAAAAUUAUUCCCGGUGCCAUCACGUAUAACAUUGGAGUGCCGUACGUAGCGUCCCUAGGCUCGAUCGAGGGCAUGACGCCUGCCAUUGCGGAGACAUUGAGACUCGCAGUGCGCCACACAUAUGGGCGCACGUUUCAAUUUGUGUUCUAUAUCACGAUCCCAUUCGGUGUAGUGGCACUUGUUGCGUCAUUCAUGGUCGAGGAUCCUACGCCUUACAUGACCAACCACACGCAGGCGGCAAUGGAGGCGCCAACAGUCGACGGACUGAGCUUGAAGGGAGCUGGAGAGGCAGAUCCGGAGCACAUUGAAGCUACUCAGGAGCCCAAGAGAAUUGACUAA